AUGCAAACCGGACAGCCCAGUUUUGGAAUCUACGAGUCGCUCGUCGGCACGCGGUCGUUGGAGCCGCUCAGAAACAAUCCAGACUCUCUAUUGGCCACCAUCAAGAUGUUUGGUCUCGAUUCCAGCAAUGAUCCCGUGUACCUGAACCAAUUGCAGGACCUGGUGGCCGACUUUGAUCAAUUGGCCCCCACCAGUGUUCUGUUCAUAGGCGCCGAGACCGAUUUCGCAUACUCGGUGCUGUAUUUGGCCAACGAGUUCUUAAAGACCGGCAAACAGUUUGUUCUCCAUGCCGUUUUCAACACCGCCUCGUUGUCGGAGGACAUGCGCAAAGUUCUUUUGUAUUUGGUGGACUCUUCUGGGAUUGUCCAGAUCCGCCCCCACCUGUGUUCGAACCUGGAACUGUUUCUGAGCGACCAGUCGUCCGAAUACGACUGGAUUUUGAUCAACCACCGGUCCUCGGAAACGGACCUGAAAACGCUGCGUUUGCUCGAGUCGGUCAGCAUCGUCCAGCCCGGCGUCGCCGUCGCCAGAAUCAACUACCCGGUUCAAACAGACACAGAGUUCAACAGGUACCUUUUGGGGUCCCCCGUUUACAAACGCAAUGCAAACGAUCUAUGUGGGGACCAGGACAUCGUCGUGUUCCGGCCACCGGUGGGGCCGCCGUUCAAGCUGUCGAACCUCAAGUACAUAACGUUUCUGGUGUGCGGAAUAGCCAACUUGUGGCCCUGGAACUGUUUCCUAUCAGCAUCCGAGUACUUCCAGGACACCUUUAGCAGCCGGCCGGUGUUGGCAGACACAUAUUCGUCGUCCAUGAUGACGAUUUCCACGCUUACAUCUGCGAUGUUCAACUUUUACCUCUCACAACGCCAAAAAGGUGCCGACUACAGAUUUAGACUCAACAUGGGAGGCCUGUUGCAGUCAGGGGUGUUUUUACUGCUCACGUUGUCCACAAUGAUCCCCAACAAGCCUGUUGUUCCGUACUUUCUGUACGUGAUGACAAGCGUGUUUGUGAGCUCGUGUGCCACGUCGUUGGCCCAGGUCGGCGUGCUGGCCCUAGUCAACACCGAAGGCCCUAUCUACGCGAACGCAAGCGUGGUUGGUAAUGCCAUCGCUGGCGUCUUGCCCUCCAUCUCGUUGAUCGUGUCCAUUCUCGCCACAAACUCACAGACAAAUAGAGACCAGCAGGUGCGCAACUAUUUCUUCACCAGUUUCAGUAUUGGCCUUGCCAGCUUGCUCCUGCUCUGGAUCACAUACAAGUACAAAGAAAAAGCCGGCCAGUUCCAGAAACUCAGCGACGACGCUAACAGUCUUGACUCCGAGGUCGAGGACCAGGAUACACACGUGUCAUUCCGUGAACUAUGGGACAUUCUCAAGUACGUGCAGAUCGCCAUUUUCCUUACACUGUCGCUGACACUGAUUUUCCCCGUGUUUGCGUCCAACAUCUUCUCGAAAAGCGUCGACAAGAAGUACUUUGUGCCGAUCGCGUUUCUGCUGUGGAACCUGGGCGACCUGGCGGGCCGUGUGAUCACCGCGUUCCCGCUGUUUGUGCUGCAGAACCAGACCCGGCUGAUCGGCUACGCGGUGGCACGGGUGGUGUUUGUGCCGCUGUUUUUGAUGUGCAACGUGCGGGGCCACAGCCGUGUGUUUGGCGACUUUGUGUACCUGGUGCUGCAGUUUCUGUUUGGACUAUCGAACGGACAGCUAUUUUCGUCGUGUUUCAUGGCUAUCGGCACGCUGCUGACGACAGACCGCGAGAAAAAGGCUGCUGGCGGGUUCACCGCGUUUCUGAUCAACGUGGGGCUGCUUGUGGGCAGCGUGAUCAGCUAUUUAUUUGUCCGCCAUGCUGCACAUGAGAACCACGUCGAACACCGAAAACCAGAAGAUCCGGCUCUCGGUGGACUUGACGGUGGACUGGUUUCUGUUGUUUCUUGUUUUGUAGUAUUGGAGGGUGUUGGAGAGCUGGCCCAAUUUCUCCUCGAUCCGCAAAGCAGAAGCCUGCAUUCCCUCGACGGCUGUGUUUUCUGCCGGGGCGUUAGGCAACGACGCCUUGAACUCGUCGUUGUCCUUGAUCUCAAAGUCCACGACUUUCUCGGCAAAGGUGGACAUUUCGUUCGAGAAACAGAACUCGUACUCUCCAAUAAGGUCUGCGGUGAAGAUGUAGUCGCCCUGUCUCUGUUUCUGCUCGUUGGCGAGGAUUCUGCCUCCUGGGGCUUUGAUGGUGUAGUCCACGUCGAACGAUCCACCGGCCUGGACAGCAAAGUAGUAGCCGAUGUUGGCGCGCUGGUUCUGGUUGAAGAUGUAGAAGCACGACUUUUCAUUGGGCUGAAGCGUGAACGUGAGGGCGGUAGCCGCCACGUAGGUCAGCAGACACGAGAGGGAGAGCAGUCUGGCGAGCAUUGGGAAAACAACAAGAAAAAAGGAAUAUUUUUAGCAUCGCGACGCGUCCGGGCUCUGACGUUCCAAAUCACCGACCGCGACAGAGACUCCACGGAACAACUCACAGCCGAUUUCUGGAUCAAGGCGCCGUCCGGCAGAAUCAUGGAGAAGAUGAGCGACGUUUCGCACGGCGAGGUGCAGAUCAAGGCCCAGGAGGCGGGCAAGUUCGAGUACUGUUUCUCGAACGAAGGGUCGUCGAUCAAGACUAAAGACGUGUCGUUCAACGUGCACGGCGUGGUGUACGUGGACGUGAACGACAACUCGAACGACAACCUGGACUUUUCUGUCAGAAAACUGAUGGAGCUCGUUUACGACGUGAAGAACGAGCAAAACUACAUUGUGGUCAGAGAAAGAACCCAUAGAAACACCGCAGAAAGCACAAACAGCAGAGUCAAAUACUGGUCUGUGUUCCAAUUAAUCGUCGUGGUGCUCAACUCGCUGUUCCAGGUGUUCUACCUCAAACGGUUCUUCGAGGUCAAGACUGCUGUCUAG